AUGGCAGAUUACAAUCAAGAUGGCGAAUAAGAAUUUUAAUUCUAAUAGGAAAAUGAUGGAGUAAACAACUAAUUCUUUGAUCACGGUCUUGGAAAUUUUGAAAAAACUAGAGAAAGAGAACAAGAGGAACUAGAAAGGCAGAUAAGAGCAGAAUAAACAUAAAAAUAAGUAGACUAUCAUAAAUCAAGCUAGGAAAUGAGAGACAAAACGAGAACUGGAGGAAACUACCUACCAAUAAAAACAAACUUAAAACAAGCUUACUCUCCAUUCCAUAUUUUUGUGAGUGGUCACAUUGAGUCAGGGUAAAUAAAUGACUAUGAUGGCCUUUGCUGUAAAUAUGAUUUUGUGGCUGGAACUGAUUGGCAAAUUAUUGAUGGAAAUAGAAGUGGAGUGUCUUAACACAGCUAUAAAAGUUAACAAACAAAUAGAAGAGUUGUUUGGAACUAUCCAUUUGAACUAGCUUUUAGCUCUACAAAUGUUACUGGUUGGCCUUAGUUGGUUCUGACUAUGACUAACAGAGACUUCUUUGGCAGAGAUUAAAUAUGUGGUUAUGGUACAGUUCACAUCCCAACAUAGCCAGGUUCACAUUAUAGAUACUUAAAUGUUUUUCAACCUAUUUCAAGUUCUCUUUUAUCUUAGGUCUUUGGGUGGUUCAAAGGUAAAAAUGCUGAGUUUAUAAAUCCAAUUGAAUUGCUAUCAAAAAACGAAGGAAGAGAAGUCACAAGAGUUAUAUCAACUGGAGUUAUUAAAAUACAAUUCCAUGUUACAGUCAAAAAUAUGGAUGAGUACGGUAUUUUCCCAUUCAAAGCCUGA